AUGGAUGAUGAAUUCUUAGCCAAGGUCACGGAGCUAGCUCGUAAGCGUGAUGUUCUGAUGCCGAACCAGUGGAUGAACAACGCUGCUGAGACCGCCGAUGUUAUCAGCACUUACGGAGAGGAGAACAUCAAGAAGAUGAAGGCUGUAUCGCAGAAGUAUGACCAGGAUGGAACCUUCCAACGUCUCGUCCCUGGCGGUCACAAGCUGGUUCAGUCCAUGCUUCUUUAA